UUUCAGGCCAAACUAAGGAAGCACAUCCAAAACCCCAGUGCUUCGGAGUUGGUGCAUUUCCUCUUCGGGCCGCUAGAACUGAUCAUCAACAGCUGCGGUGGCCCCGAGCUGGCCCAGUCUGUCCUCAGCCCGCUGCUUUCUAAAGACGCCACCGAUUUCCUGAGAGGACACCUGACAGCCAAAGAGAUAAACCUCUGGGAUUCCCUGGGGGAGACAUGGACCAGAUCCAGAGCCGAGUGGCCCCGAGACACGAACAUCCCCGCCUACAUCCCCAAAUUCCACAACGGCUGGGAAACACCCACAGAAAUCUUCCGUGGAGCUCCCUGGGAAAUAGACAUUGGACACUUGCAAGAGGAGCUCUCCUCACUCAAGCGUGGCCAGACGGCUGAGCAGACACAGGUCGGGGAUGCCUUCAAACAGAACAUCACUCCACAUGGAAAUAGGAAUUUCGAGGCCCAGGGGGUGGCUGUGCCCAAGAGAUUUGCCAAGAUCCGCUACGAUUUCACCGCGCGAAACGCCAAUGAGCUCUCGGUGCUGAAGGAUGAAAUCCUGGAGGUGUUGGAAGAUAAUAAGCAGUGGUGGAAGUUGCUCAACCGGAGUGGGCAGCCGUACAAUAUCCUGGAUGUGGUGAAACUGGAAGAGCUCGAACAGGUCUGUCGUCAGUCUAACCAGAGGUACAAAGGAGACCUGAGCCCCAGGGGCUAUGGCCCAUCCAGCCCAACCCACAAGCUGCCUGCCAGCUACGCCGGGGAUAAGCGGGGCAGUGAGAUGUUGUCGCGCUACUCCGCACAGGACGCCAAAGAACAACUUAUUCACCAAAUGGAUGAGCUGAACGACGAGCUGCUAGAGAAGAUCACAAACAAAAAUCAGCCUCCCCACAGGAAUUUCAAAGUGGAAAAGCCUCAGCAAGUUUUUGUGCCCCUCACCUUUGAAUCCAGCACUGAAGAAGUCAAAGCCUGGCUGGAGGCCAAGUCAUUCAGCAAAGAGACCGUGGAACACCUGGGCAUCCUCACCGGAGCUCAGCUCUUCUCCCUCAACAGAGAGGAGCUGAAGAAGGUGUGCGGUGAUGAGGGAAACAGAGUCUACAGCAAGAUCACAGUGGAGAAAAAACAGCUGGAGAAAAGCAGAAGGCAGUCGGAGCUCCAAGAAAUCAUGAAGCGCCGCCAGGAAAGGAUUGAUUCUGCAAAUUAAAGUCUCUCUGCUUUAUUUCAGCUCUUAGCCCUAAGUAGUGCAGAAGAAAAGGGAACGAAAGCAAUGAUUCCUGGCCCAGGCCGGAUGCAGCAGAGCUCCCCUUGGGGUCCAGCUGCCAUCAGAGUGACAAUUCCUUGAACACUGUUGGGAAGGGUUGACAAUAAGACCAUGUCCCACUGGGAAAGGUGUUUUAA